AUGCACGCCUGCACGGGCAUGGGUGACCGGGCCAGCGAGGGUGGUGGGUGCCGCGGCAGCGGGGGCCAUAGCGGUGGCGGGGGCCGCGGCCAUAAUAGGGGCGCCCGCGGCGGCUGGGGCGGGCUCGCGGCGUCAGAGGCAGGGGCCGCGGCAUCAGGGGCCGCGAUGGCGCCAGCUGAGCCAGCCGCGGAGGAGGCGACGGGCGAGGUCGAGGUCGGGCCCGUCGCAGGAGUAGCGGCGCCGGCGGGGGUGGCGGGUGGGGUGUCCGCUGGCUCGACCUCGGGCGAGGGAGCCGGGGACCCGGGGGCCCGGUCGGACUCAACCUCAGGUGAGGGAGUCGAGAACCCAGGAGGGGGCGGCAGAAGGCGCCGGGCCGGGGGGUGCCGCCGCGCAUCGCCCCAAGUAGGGGGCGCGGGGGGCGGAGCCGAAGGAGCCGCGGCCGGAGGAACCUGA